AGAAUGAACCAUAGUAUACCAAACCGGGGAACCGAAAAUCGCUGCUCAGUCCAACAUGAUUCUUAGUCAAAAUGAUGGCAUAACCGUUCGAGUUAUGAAGGAGGACGACUAUCCAAGAGUGAAAACCUUCAUGACGGACUACUUUCACUACGACGAGCCCAUGGGAAUGGGCCUCGAGGAGCCCAUUCACCUGCAGCACGAGGAGGAAGUGGAUAGGCAAUACCUGGCGGUGAUCAGACAGGGACUGUCCAUAGUGGCGCUGGACGAUAACAACGGGGGACUACUGGUUGGCAUUGCCGUGGCGGAGACGAUGGAUCCCAUCGAAAUGGCCAAGCAGCACAAGGAAGCCGAGGAAAUGGAGCCAAAUGCAUUGGGUCGCAACAAGAAGUUGAUAGCCAAAGUGGAGCGCGAAGCCAAUAUAUUCGAACGAUACGGAGUCUCCUCCUACUUGAGUCUACUGGCCAUCUCCGUUCACCCAUCUAUGAGGCAAAGAGGUAUCUUGGUCAUACUUUCCCGGUGCCUUUUUACUUUGGGUCGCUCUCGGGGACACACUCUGUUCAUCACCAGCGGCACCAAUCACUACUCCUCCCGGUCGGCGAUGAAAGCGGGAUGUGAGUGCAUCCAUGCACUGGCCUAUGCUGACUACAAGGACGAACAGGGUCGACCUAUAUAUAAUCCACCAGCACCACAUACCCACAUCCGGAUAUUGGCCUCAAAAAUGUAAAAAUUAAAUAAAUUUAUUAAUUAAAGAAA